AUGACGAAAUCCGGCGCCGACGGCGACAAGCACGUGCGGAUCGGUUUGGUUAAAGGAGUGACAGCCGAUGAAGCGGAAGAUGACCAAUGGAAACGUCAUGAGGAGCUGACACGGCUUCGCGUCAUUGUCGCAACACCGUUUCCGAUACCGGGCAGGAAGGUGGCUGGAUUCAGGAAAGAAGAUGACCCCAACAAACCGAAGCAUUGCAAUCGCAGCCGAAGGCGCAGCUUCUCCGACUUGAUCAGGUGGACUAGCUUUGCCAUU